AUGGAUAUUAUCAUGUGCCCCAUCAGCCAAGUGUUCUCUCGAAACGGGUUAAGCACCACAAGGGAAGCAUCUAUUGGUAUCUUGGCCUGGAAUACGACCGGAGAUCUGUUGGCCACCGGUUCUAAUGAUAAGACUAUAAAAAUGAUGAGAUUUAAUGGUAUGACCAACGAGUUGGAGGGCGGAGAGGCCGAGUUGACAAUGCAUGAUGGUACUGUGCGCGACAUGUGCUUCAUGGAGGACCUGUCCAAUAGGUCCAGUCUUCUCAUCUCUGGCGGUGCCGGCGAUUGCAAAAUAUAUGUCACUGAUUGCGAUACUAUGACACCAUUCCAGGCCCUGUCCGGCCAUUCGGGCAAUAUCCUUUCGCUGCACACGUGGGGCGGCGCUAUGUUUGUGAGCGGCUCUCAGGACAGGACUAUUCGCUUCUGGGAUCUGAGAACUCGUGGAUGCGUUAAUCUGAUUACAGCGCCGUCCGCCUCAGGCAAAGGACCGGUACUAAUUGUCAACAUUUUGCUCAUGAUAUCCUUCGCGACACCGCCGGCAUACACACCUGGGCAGCCCGUUGGGCACUCGUCCGACAUCCGGACCAUUCGCUUCUCGAACAAAGCCUACUAUCUAUUGACCGGCGGUUACGAUAAUAAGGUUGUGUUGACUGAUCUCCAGGGAGACCUCACCCAACCGUUGCCCAGUAUAGUAGUGGCCGAACACUCCGAUAAAGUAAUUCAGGGCCGAUGGCAUCCGUACGACUUCUCAUUCCUCACCACCAGUGCUGAUAAAUGUGCCACUCUUUGGGCACUUCCCAACUGA